CGUCAACAGCCAGUUUUGUUGAAUUACAGACUCACGCCCAAUGUGUAGUACAAGUAGUGAUAAAAUCAAAUUUCAAAUGACUAACAACCAACCUAUAAAUCCUCUGGAUAUCCGUGCCUCCAACUUACACUGCACAAGCACUGGCGUCGAUAUCACCUCUCUUCUUCAAGUUGAGCUGGUUGCCAAAGGAAUAUUUCAAAAUGUUGACUGCCUGGGUCUACUUAGCGCACGUUCAGUUUCUCCCGCUUGGACAGAUGCAGUUGACAAUGCCAGGGUGUGGAAACUCGUUCUCGACAAAGACAUGAAGUGGAAAAAAAUGCACAAUGUCUUGAUUAAAAAAGGCGUAGCAGCCGAACCACCAGAGCUUGGUAACUAUACGGAGUUCUAUCCUGAACUAUACGCAGAAAUUAAACAACAUUUGCUGUCUCUGGAAAAAAACUGGGUUACGGAGGCUUCGUAUCGACAAAUAAAAAAAAUGCCAUAUGCAGGAUUUGUGGGACACUUAAACUUCCAGGUGAAAUUAGCGGAUCAAUUUAUCGUUACACGCCAGAGUCCUCAAACAAUCGAAAUUUUUAAUAGAUGGACAUUGGCACCUGAAAGUGUUUUUGACAUUGGAGUGGACAGUGAUAGAGCCAUGAUGAAAUCCAUAGAUUUAACAAGCGAAUAUCUUGCACUUGGAUGUAACCGUGGGAAAAUCUUCGUCUUUUGUAUGAAAACGAGAGAUCUGCUUCACAAACUCAUAGACGAUCCGGCCUUAUUGAAUUGCGGAAGCUUUGCUCAAGAUGUAAUGGCGAGCCGGGUGGAUUGCAGUCAUUUGGUUUUCAGCUCAAGAGGAAACAUGCUUCUGUCGUGCAUUUCCAAUAACAGUUGCCAAUACGAAACACUCACGUUGCGAAAAAUAAUAUCACCGCAAGAAUGGAAAAUCGUGCAUCAGCAAACUAUUCACCAGUUCAAUGUGCGUCGAAUUCAAAUGGAUGAUUCAUACAUCUAUCUUCUUGGAGGAGCAAAUAAAGGAAUUCAAGUUCGGUGCGCGGCUUCACUGGAACUAGUCAAUACUGUCGGAGAAGACGAACAUUUCAUCAAAAGCUUUCAGCCUUAUGAUCGAUGGAUUAUCGUAGCAGGUCGAGAACAAAUUAGUUUGUGGGACACCCUAAUUGGAACAUGCAUCCGACGACGUCAAAUGAAUCAAACUGAUGGAGACAUCAAAACCAUAGGGCUGGUAGGCGACAAAUAUCUUAUUAGCUGUCAUGUUAACUGCUGGUCAUCUGACUUUUUCAUCCUGGGAGUGAACGUGUGGGAUCUCCGAUCAUUCAUCGAACAGAGCGGGGAAACAUCAAAACCAAUUUUUACCUUCAGCGUAUCGACACUAUCGUGGCAUGAAACAAGCAUCGAUGGAAUCCGGGAUACGUCAGUCGAAAAGCUCAAAGUUUUUGUCGAUGAUUAUCAGGUUGGGUGCCUUAUUACAUGGGAUUUUGAUUACGAGAGGCGCGAAGUUCCUGUACCAAUGCUAUAUUUCAUGGAUCUCUCAAAUCAUUUAGAGGUUCCUAAAAGUUGAAUUUUCUUUGUUGUUUCAAGUAAGAUGAAUAUCGUGAUGUGCACGAAGAAUAUAUUGAACAAUGUUUUAUGAAAAUAAGAAAUUUGAAAAAAAAAC